UGUUGUAUGGGGUGUUGAUUUAUUUUCCUUUUGAACGCUUGAUCGCCUGACUCGUGAAUUGGUCACUCUUUAUAAGCUGGACUUUGUGUGUAUGUGUAGCUGAGAGACGUGGACAUUUGAGAAAUAAGCUUACCUGAGCUUCCUGAUGAGGAACAUCUGUAGAUAUUUUAACAUUUUUAAAAUGACAUAGACGAUUUUGUCUUAAUAAGUAAAAAAUUAUAAGCGUUGUGAAAUAGUUGGUAGUGUUCACACAACUCGUGUGUAAAGUUCUGGAGUAAGCUGUGAUUAUAAUACAUUUUGCUGAUUCCACGUGAAGAAUGUUUUGAGUAUGGAAUUUGUAAGAAAAUUAAAUCUUUGGUGACAUGCUCUUGUUUUGUGUUGUCAAACAUCUGAACUUCAGGGAAAAAAAUCUGAGAAGCUCAAAUGUAGUUAUGGACUUCAUAUGUAAAAUCACAAACAAAUGACGGAGAGGAAAGAUUUUUAUCAGAAAUGAAUUUGCUUUGUGGAAGAUACUACAGAGUUAUAUGAUGUUACUGCAAGACUUGUGCUCCACCGUUUGAAGGCAGCAUCAAACUUGAUCAAAAGACAUUGGAAUUUGUAUUUAUAUAAAAAAAAAAAGUCAUAAACUUUGCAAUGUCUAGCCCAUGUUAUGCAUCGACUAACAUUCCAGCUGCAGGGGCCGAUAAAUGGCAUCAUGCUAGUGGAACGCAAUUUCCAUUCUCUUUGACCAUUAGUGACAGCUGUGUGGAACCCGAUGAAGGCUUUAAGUCUGUGGUGUGUUCUUAUCAAUCCCAGAGUAACCGUUCACAUGAUGGACAAGAAGAGACAGUGGAGUUGCAUUGCAAGAAGAAGCACCGGCGAGGGGUUUCCAAGAAGAAAAGACGCUUUCGACCAUACUGCGAGUUGACCUGGGAAGAGAAGCAGAGGCUUGAUGAGCGAGCAACAGCAAGAGUUAAUAGGAUUAUGGAAGAAAAAAUGGCUAAAGGAUUCCCUGUUGCUCCAUAUAAUAGCAAUGAGUUUCUCAUGGAGGAGCAUGACCUGAAAGAACCUGAUUUGAAAAUUAGUUCAUAUCAUAGGAGAGCUGGUAACCGAUCAGAGUACACUAGCGGGGAGGGAGAGGACUCGGACAUUGAUAGCUCAAGUGAAGAUGAGGGGGGGUUUCUUCAGAAGGACUUUAAAGAGACAUAUGAGAAAUUUCAUGCAGAAGGACUUGAGAAUAUGAGCAAAGAAGAUUUGAUCAGGGAGUACCUUGAGAUGGAGAAGUGUCUUCACCAGCUGCAAGAGGAGAAAAGAAGUCUUCAUUGCCAGUUAAAGGGCCAGGCAGGAAAAGCAUCUGUAGCUGCCAGCAAAACAAAUGAGGAUCAGGCUGAAACGAGUUAAAUAUAUGAUAUAAAACUCUAUUUUUGAGGGGUGGUGUUCAGGCUGUAGAAAAAUGGGAUGGGACAGUUAAAAACAAGUAUGUCCUGAGGUAAGCAGGUACCAGUCAUUCCAUACUCCUGCUUCUGUUUUAAUAUAAAAUGGAA